ACUGCUAUCUUUCUUGUUCCUCCCCGACUCCAAUGAGGUGACAUUGACUGCCGGCUUUCACACAAAGCGCGGGGAGGGGGCUUGCGCGCAUUUCAACAAGGCAAAACCACCCAAAGAGAUACCCAGCCUAGGGCUCAAAAAUGGCCGAUCAGCAAGAGCCGCACUCGCUGGCGUCGACGUUUCCAAACCCGCCCGACUUUUGGAAGGCCUUCACGCCAGACAGGCUCGCCAGGAUCGAGGAGCUGCGACGGGCCCAUGCGACGGACGAGGAUGAAGACGACGAGGGCGCAGAUGCCGUGCGCAUCCCGAAUCUGCCCGAGGAUCUGAUUGCGCUGCAGCCGCCCCCAGAGCCGGCGGACGGACGAUGGAGGGUCUUUGGCGAUCAGUACAUGCUCGACGACAAACUGCCCACGCUCGAGGAGCAGGGCAUCGACAACCUGCCCGCAGCAGGCUCCUCCGACGCAAAGGACGCAAAGCACUACGACCGCGCCUUUGAGCUCAAGCGCCUCGCCAAGUCGCUGCUCCUCAACUUCCUCGAGCUCACCGGCGUCAUGGCGCGCAGCCCCGCCGACGCAGAGGCCAAGAUCAAGGACCUGCGCACAAUCUUCAUCAACAUCCACCACAUCCUCAACGAGUACCGGCCGCAUCAAGCGCGCGAGUCGGCCAUUGAGAUGAUGCAGGACCAUCUGGAUCGCACGAGGACCGAGACGGCCGCCAUUAGAACGCAGGUGGACAAGGCGAGAAAGGUGCUCGAGGGGCUGGGGAGCUUGGAUUUGUCGUCGUUUAAGAUGCAAGGGCAAGGGGACGAGGACUCCUCUGUGCAGCAAGGGGAUGCAAAAGCAGGGCUGGUUUUACGGACGGAAGAAGAGAAGCGGGAGGCUGCGGUGUUGGAGAGGGAGGCUGCUGCGUGGGCUACGGCAGAUGCGUUGAUUCUCUAAUCAGCGACGACGAUGAAAAGCACAUGUUGGAAAUUGCCGAAUUUUAACGCGGAGGAGGAUACACGUUUAAUGAGCAUAUUGAGGGAACAGACGCCAAGAUGAGGAUAAAGUCGUGAUAUCGGGGCAACGCAAUGACAGCACAAUGGCUGGAUGUUGCUGUAUGGAGGACUACUACUAUUUUAUUUAUUGCCAAAUGCUCGAUACCAGCUAGGAGUUGACGAAUAAUGAUGGAUAUGAUUUGGCGGGGAACAA